AUGAUCUCAGAGUACGGCGCCGACACUUUGGCCGGUUUGCAUCAGGACCCAGCAUAUGUAUUCUCGGAAGACUAUGAAUCCGAGUUUCUAAUGGAUUACCACAAAGCGUUUGACACCUUAAGAGCUCAGGGAUUCUUUGUUGGCGAACACAUCUGGAAUUUCGCUGAUUUCAUGACCGAUCAAACAAUCAGUCGUGUGAUCGGUAACAGGAAAGGCAUAUUCACUCGGGAACGACAGCCCAAAGCGGGUGCGAGAAUCCUUCGGUGCAGGUAUUGGAAUUUAGCACCACUUAAACCACAACAACAUUCCGGUCUUUCCUACUGUCCUGUUGUCUAA